AUGUCUGGUAAGAUGCAUGGAGGUAAAGGUAAGUCUGGUGCGAAGGAUGGGAUGCGUGCGCAGUCUAGUUCUGCGAGGGCUGGGUUACAGUUUCCUGUGGGAAGAAUCAAGAGGUAUUUGAAGAGGAGCGCCAGCGGUAAGGCGCGUGUGGGGUCUAAGGCUGCUAUAUAUCUGACUGCGGUGUUGGAGUAUCUGACUGCGGAAGUGCUAGAGCUGGCUGGUAAUGCUGCCAAGGACCUGAAGGUGAAGAGAAUCACGCCUAGACAUUUGCAACUUGCGAUCAGGGGUGACGACGAGCUGGAUUCUCUGAUCAGAGCCACUAUCGCAUCCGGUGGUGUGUUGCCACACAUCAACAAGGCUCUGCUGUUGAAGGUAGAGAUGGGUAAGAAGAACAGAAACUGA